AUGGGUAUCAAAGGAAUCCGAACUGCUCUCAAGGUCGAUCUCGAUAAGCCGGCAAGUGAGCAGCCUGGCUUGCAUAACAGAUGGCACCCUGACGUCCCUGCCUGCGGGAAGAUUGCAACCAACGAAGUUGUCAAGAUCGAAUGUCUCGAUUGGACUGGCGGACAAAUCGGAAACAACGACUCCGCAGACGAUAUCAAGAACGUAGACCUUACCCACAUCCAUUACCUAUCAGGUCCAUUCGAUAUUGAGACCGCCGAGCCUGGCGAUGUUUUGGUCGUCGAGAUUCAAGAUGUCCAACCAUUUGAGGAACAGCCCUGGGGAUUCACGGGUGUUUUUCACAAGCAGAACGGAGGAGGAUUCUUGGAUGAGCUUUAUCCAGAGGCCGCAAAGGCAAUUUGGGACUUUGAAGGCAUCUUCUGCUCCUCUCGGCACAUUCCUCACGUUCGCUUUGCAGGACUUAUCCAUCCUGGAAUCAUGGGAUGCGCUCCUUCGGCGGAGGUUCUGGCUGAAUGGAAUCGUCGAGAGGGUGAGCUGAUUGCUGCCAAUACAAUUACUGAUCGCAUUGUUGCCCAGCCGCCUCUGGUUACGAAUACCCAUGCCGGAAGUGCUUCGGAUGAUGUCAAGGCCAAAAUUGCCAAAGAGGGAGCCCGCACUAUCCCAGGUCGGCCCGAGCAUGGAGGUAACUGUGACAUCAAGAACCUAUCCCGUGGAUCCAAGGUCUACCUACCCGUCCACGUCCCAGGCGCCAAAUUCUCUGUUGGAGAUCUGCAUUUCUCGCAAGGUGAUGGCGAGAUUUCAUUCUGUGGAGCUAUUGAAAUGGCUGGUAUCAUCACUCUCAAGUUCUCGGUGAUCAAGAACGGCAUGGCGAAGCUGGACAUGAAGUCGCCCAUUUUCAAUGCCGGGCCUGUGGAGCCACAAUUCGGCCCUGGAAGAUAUCUCACCUUUGAAGGGUUCUCAGUUGACGAAAAUGGCAAGCAGCACUACUUGGAUGCGACUGUCGCCUACAGACAGACUUGUCUGCGGGUGAUUGAGUAUCUUCGACGCUUUGGAUAUAGCGAUUAUCAGGUGUAUUUGCUGCUCAGCUGUGCGCCUGUUCAAGGUCAUAUUGCUGGUAUUGUGGACAUUCCCAAUGCUUGUACUACGCUUUCUCUGCCGAUGGAUAUCUUUGAUUUUGAUAUUCGGCCCGAGGCUGAUGUUGUCAAGAAGGACAUGGGUGUUUGCGCUUUUGUGAGCAAGUAA